GUCAUCUUAUAGGCCAGUUUCAUCUUUCCCCCCUACAAAGAACGGCAUAUGCGGUUCUCCCAACCGUCCUCGCGUCGGUACCGCAUCGUGUUGUUCCUCAGAGCCUCAACUUUCGCUUAUUCAGACUGUCUCAGCCACCGUCCAAUGAUGCGCCGCCGUGUCGUAGGUAGGUAUACAUUUCUCGUACGCUUCCCCGCGAGCUUUGAAAUGCCAUUCGGAGUCAUGUCCCUUAUUCCGUCCGAUUCUCCCCAUUCCCGCGUAUAUAAGUUCUGGUACUACCGCACAAUGGCUUCCACAGCACACAGCUUUCUCAUUGCACAAUUCCCAGAUCACACAGUCUUCGCAUUGGGCUUCUUUCCAUCGGUUCGUUGAACAUCAACACCAACACGCAGACCAAAAUUCGAAAUGGCAGCUCCGAAGAACCAGGCCGCAUUUCUCAAGGAAGCUGGCACACCUCUCGAGGUUGCUGACGCUCCUGUACCCACGGCUGGUGCUGGCGAGAUCGUUGUGAAGAACGCCGCAAUUGCCAUCAACCCGCUCGAUUGGCAUAUGCAGGAGCACGGUGUCUUUAUCCAGCAGUGGCCUGCAGUGUUUGGAUGCGACGUGGCGGGUGAGGUGUUCGAAGUUGGGCCCGGCGUUGAGCGCUUCAAGAAAGGAGAUCGCGUUAUCGGCCACACGGUCAAUCUCGUCAGUGGACGCCCCCAGGAUGGCGCCUACGCGCUUUACACCACCGUUCCCGCCAACAAAGCCGCGAUCCUGCCCUCGUCCAUCUCCUUUACCGAUGGUGUUGUUGUGCCGUUUGCAAUGGAAGCUGCAGUCUGCGUUCUUUCCGUAACGGAGCCUGGCCCAUGCAUGCCAGGCGUCUUGACACCCGCUCUUGGUCUACCUCUCCCGUCGCUCGAAGCAGUCCCUUCGACAGACAAGACUCUUGUCAUCUACGGCGGCUCUUCCUCCGUCGGUUCCAUGACCACUCAGAUCGCCACCGCCGCUGGUAUCAACGUUAUUGCGAUCUCCGGUGCUCACAACCUAGAGCUUAGUAAGCGUUGCGGAGCUACGGAUGCUUUCGACCACAAAGACUCUUCCCUUGUGGAGAAGGUCAUCGCGGCGGUGGGAACGUCCCAGUUCGUGGGUGUUCUUGACGCCGUCUCGAUUCCGGAGACAUACACCAACAGCCUUGCCAUACUUGCAAAGUUGGGUGGAGGACACCUCGCCUGUGUGCAUCCCCCUCCCCCAGACAUGCCCGAGAACGUCAAGGCUGGCAUGAUCUUCGCUGUGAACGACAUCGCCACCCCAGUCUGGGAAAACUUCGUCACACCUGCACUGGAGGCAGGAAAGCUGCAAUGCCUGCCGCGGCCCACAGUCGUCGGAAAGGGCUUGGAAUUUGUUAAUGAGGGGCUAAAGAGGUCCAAAGAAGGUAUUAGUGCGACGAAACUGGUCGUCGAGCUUUAGAGUGCCUGUGGCAGAAGGCUGGUCGUAGGAACGGUUGUCUCAUUUCAGGUUAGCAUCCAUGGAAGUUCGAAUCACAUUGUUCUUUUGAAUUCUGAAGCACUGCAUUCGCAAGGGUGCUUUCUCUGACGGGUUUCGACACAAAAAGGAGCCCGGGGGUGCUUUGAUACACGGAACGAACCGAUAUGACGUCUUCACGUUCUUGCCCUUACACUGGCUGACACAAUAAACUGGAGCCAGCACACCUUGUCCUGGAAGAACUUGCUACAUAAAGUAGUCAAAAAAACGUUUAUCUGAU